AUGACGCCGCCCGAGACGCCGACGGCGAGCCAGCCGCUGCUGGCGCCGCCGCCACGCCGGCCAUCGAGCAAGGCGGCGCUGCGCAAGGAGGCCUCGUACGUCUUCAAGUACCUCAUCCUCGCGCAGGUGACCGUCUACCUCGAGGCGGGCUCGAUCCCGUGCCUCCUCGACUCGUUCGCGGUCGCAUUCAACAUGAGCGUGCAGCAGCAAGGCUCGCUCGGCAGCGUCGUCUACGUGGCCCUCUGCUUGGCGUCACCGCUCUGCGGCGUCUGCCUCCGGCACUACGACGCCAAGUGGGUGCUCGGCGUCUCGCUCGUGCUCAACAACCUCUGCGUCCUCGGCUUUGCCAUGACGCCGACGGGCCACUCGUACUCGGCGAACCUCCUCAUCUUUGCGCGCGCGCUCAUUGGCUUCACGCAGGCCUUCCUCUGCGUCUACACGCCGCUGUGGGUCGACGCCUUUAGCCCCCGCGAGCGCGUCGCCGGCUGGAUGUCGUACCUCCAGGGCAGCGUGCCCCUCGGCGUCAUGUUUGGCUACCUCUUUGGGUCCGUCUCCAACUGGGUCAACGAAGACUCGUGCGGCAUGGCGUGCUGGCGCUGGCCGUUCGUGCUGCAGUUCCUUCUCGUGCUGCCGCUCAUGGUUGGCGUCUUCUUGAUCCCGAGCGAGCACAUCUCGAUCAAGGCGCUCGAUCGCGCGCCGUCGUCAGCGUCGGCGAGUCUCCCGUCGACGUCGGUGCUCGUGCCCGUGCUGCCGAUCGUCGAGUCGCCGCCCGUGAGCCACCCGCACGUGCUGCUCGAGCAAGCGCCGUCGUUGCGCUGGAGCUUCAACAACGGCCACCAAGACGAGCUCAACUCGGCGCAGCGCGCAUCGAUCCGCGCCUCGUACAUCACACCGCGCUUCCGCAUGGACUCGUACGACAUUGAUCUGUACUUUGAGCAAAUGGAGUGGGACCUGCUGCAGCAACAGCAGAGCCAGAGCGCAAUCAAGACGCAGUACGGCACGGUCCUCGAGGAAGACGACGAAGCGCCAUCGGAGGCGACCGCGAGCCUCGCCCGGCACCUCUCACUGCGCGACGACUACGCAUACGAGCACGACGAGGACGACGAGCACGUGCCGGACGACCUCAGCGUCCUUCAGAGCGUCGUCGUGCUGCUCUCCAAGCCCAUCUUUACGCUCAUCGUGCUCGGUCUCUCGGCCAUCUACUUUGUCGUGACCGGCGUCCAGUUCUGGUGCACGAUCUACCUCCAAAAGAACUUCCACACAAGCGUUGUCAUUGUCAACGGCCUCUAUGUGCUCGUCGCUGGCACGGGGCCGAUCCUCGGCGUCUUCUUCGGCGGCGCCCUCAUCGACCGCGCAGGUGGCUACAUUGGCGCCGUCGCGCGGGCCAAAGCGCUGAGCUACUGCGUCGGUCUCGGGCUCAUCGCGUUCCUCCUCGGUAUCCUCACCACGUUCCUUCCGGACGUCUAUACGACGGCCAUGUGCCUCUGGCUGCUCCUCUUCUUCGGCGGGUCCAUCUUGCCGGCGUGCACGGGCAUCUUCAUAUCGGCGUCGCCGGUCCAGCUCCGGUCGCUCGCGUCGUCGGUCUCGGUCAUGGUCUUCAAUAUCUUGGGGUAUGCGCUGGCGCCAGAACUCACGGGCGUCUACAUGGACUAUGUCCUCUCGCAACAAGGGGUCGAAGGCAGCUACUUUGACCACUGUGACGAAGCCUGCGUGUACCGCUACGGCUUCCGCUUCUGCCUCGCGUGGAGCGUCUGGUCAUUUCUCGCACUCAUUGGCGCCUAUGUCCACGCGCGCCGCGAAGCACUCUCGGCGCCGCCCUCGAGUUCGGUUGACCGCCGCCUCUUGCGGUCGCAGUCGUCCAUGAAGCAGCGCCCGACGAUGCUCAUGCACUAG